AAAAAUCCCUUAAAGACUUUGAAACGAGAUUUAAGGAAUUAGAACAAAACAAUGAAAAACUAUUAAGUUUAAGUUCACAAUACAAACAUUUGGAAGAAAAAGUGAGGGAGCGAGAAGAAGAAACCAAGGCUAAGCAAGAAAGGCACGUGCUACGAAAGCAAUCCAAGAAAUUUCGUGUUGGGAAGGCGUACAAAGAGAGAGUUGAGGAGAUCAAGAACGCUCAGAGAGGAGUUAGUGAUCAGUCAGCAAGAAAUCAAGUGUAUGAUGAUACAAAGGAGCAUCUCCCUGGCGGGUUUACUAAGGAUACAUUACAUAAAACCCCCAAAGGGCUGUGA